AUGCAGGAGGAAGAUCAGAUCAAGAAUGAGCCACCUGUUGGCUGUCAUGCUGAGUCAGUCUCAGAGAAUUAUGGAACAUGGAAAGCAACAAUACUAGGACCUGAAGGGACACCUUAUGAGAAUGGUCUCUUCUAUUUAAAAAUGGAAAUUUAUGAAGAAUAUCCCUUUAAACCACCAAAAGUGUGGUUCACUACUAAGAUAUAUCAUGUGAAUGUUGAUUCUGAUGGUUGGAUUAGUUUAGAUAUACUCAAUGAUGGGUGGAGUCCAGCCUUAAAAAUAUCAAAAAGUACAACAAUCAUUAUCCAAUAAUACCAGCCUCCAUUACUUACUGUAUAUACUAUACAU